AUGGACAAGACUCCUCCACCAUAUGAGCAUGUCUCUCAGACUCCCGGGGAUAAAUUGAUGCCCGAAGGCUCUCAUGAAUCACAUCAGCACUUAUUGCCGCCGUCUGCGUCACCUAAUUUGAUGCCCUCAAAAGCUGACAGCACGAGCUUUGACGACUUCCGUCGUUUAUCUCCAAUUCCAUCACCUUGCCCAUCGCCAGUCCCCCUAAGACAAUUCUCACAUAAUGCGACCGAUUUACCAACCGAAGCUCCACCGUCGAAGUGGAAACAGUUUUGGAUUAAGAACAAACCUGCUGCUUAUGUCGCCCUGUCCCAAUUCUUCGGAGCUCUGAUGAACCUAAGCGCUCGCUUGGUCGAGCUCGAAGGCGAUGGCAUGCAUCCUGUCCAGGCUUUACUCAUGAGACAUUCGAUAACUGCGCUUUGCUGUACAACUUAUAUGUGGUGGAACAAGACGCCAGAUUUCCCAUUUGGCAAGAAGGAAAUUCGAUGGCUGCUGUGGUUGCGCGGAGCAUGUGGUUUCUGGGGUAUUUAUGGCGUUUGGUAUUCGAUGAUGUAUAUCCCUCUCGCUGAUGCCACUGUUAUUACCUUCCUUGCGCCAGGUGUUGCUGGCUUAAUCUGCUGGUUCGCUCUUCGUGAGCCCUUCACUCGAAUUGAACAGCUCGCGACGUUUGUUGCUCUUCUCGGUGUUGUGCUGAUUGCUCGACCUACCACUUUGUUCUCCCACUCUGACAAUGAUGAUACUUCGACGACUGAACCACCAGAGUCAGGAGGCAUACCCGGCGCUGACCACGAAGCCACUCCCGAGGAACGUUUGAUAGCCGUGGCCGUGGCUUUGUUAGGUGUUUUUGGCGCAGCGGGCGCCUUUACAACCCUCCGAACUAUUGGGAAACGAGCCCAUCCUCUAAUAUCGGUCAACUACUUUGGAGUCAUUUCCACGUUUAUUGCCCUGACCAUGCUUAUUCUCGGACCUGUUCUUGAUAUCCAGCAACCAGGUCUGCGAUGGGUUACUCCGACCACUAUCAAGCAAUGGGCACUCCUCCUUCCACUGGGUAUCCUGGGGUUCAUAAUGCAAUACCUCUUAACAUCAGGCCUUGGAGCAGACAAGUCAAACCGCGCCAACUCCAUGGUUUACACGCACAUGCUUUUCGCUGCAAGCUUCGACCGUUGGGUUUUUGGGCAUCGAAUGGGGCUUAUGAGUGGCGCUGGAUGUACUCUAAUCCUUGGAAGUGCGAUUGGAGUCGUUAUGCUCAAAAAGUCUCCGCCUCAAAAAGUGCCCUCAGAGGACGUUGAGAGGCAUGGGAAUCUAGAGGGCGAGUUAGAAGGAUCUCCUAUGCUUGUGGCAGACUCGGGGGCGCCAGAAGAAUUUAGGCUCUCAAGGUAG